AAAUCCUCAACACCUGACAUCACUUACUGGGCUAUAGCUUGAAGCGCAGCAAACGCUCAGUUUUAAAAAAGGUCUGAUCCAAAGUUGAUUUCACCCCUACAGUUACUGCCAUUUAUUUAUAUUUAGUUACUUAUUAAAACUUGGGGCACAGACUCCACAGCAGUGGCAGAAAAACACGAACACAUUAUCCUUCAUGAAGUUGAUAUGGUUAACAUGCUAGCAAAUAAAUUUGCGCUUCCAGGAUACAGAAGCAAGAUUGUACUAUUGGAGUCGUUUUUUGGGGGCACCUGAUGAAUCUACCCAAGAUGGCGGCAGCCUCAUCCAUCCAGCCGCCGAGCGUUCACUCUUCUCUAGCCCGGGAGAGCGCACUUUCCCCGGUGAUGGACAGCCCCGAGAGCCGGCAGCCGGAGGAUGAGGAGGCGGCGGCAGCGCAGCCCUCCGAGCCGGGGAUUAGCCUCCGCGACCUGCCGGACCUGGAGCCGGAGGAGAUCGAGAGGAGGCUGGCCAAAACUCGCCAGGAGCUGAGCAACAGGAGGAAAAUCCUCAUUAAGAACCUGCCGCCGGACACUACUAACCAGGAAGUCCAUGAAAUUCUGAAAGAAUAUGAACUUAAGUACUGCUUUGUGGAUCGCAACAAAGGCACAGCCUUUGUGACUUUGCUGAACGGGGACCAGGCUCAGGAUGCCAUCCGCUCCCUCCAUCACAGCACUGUCCGGGGGCGCUUGAUCAACGUAACCCUGCAGCCUACCGACUCCCUUCUCUGCCUCACCAACCUGCCCCACACCUUCACCGCCCAGCAGUUUGAGGAGCUGGUGCGCUCCUAUGGAAACAUUGAGCGUUCCUUCCUGGUGUACAGCGAGCUGACGGGCCACUCCAAAGGAUAUGGGUUUGUUGAGUACAUGAAGAAGGACUCUGCUUCGCGGGCCCGCUCUGAGCUGCUGGGCCGACCACUGGGUGAUCGCUCACUGAUGGUGCAGUGGAUGGAUGUCAACCAGCUGAGCCAGGAGGAGAACCUGCACUCCAAGUGUCUGUGUGUGGACCGACUGCCGCUGGACCUGUGUGACUCUGAAGAGCUGACCCAGCUCUUCUCUGAAACCUACAAACCCGUCUUCUGCCAGCUUGCUCAGGAUGAGGGCAGUCCAGUCCGAGGCUUCGGUGUGGUGGAGUAUGAGAGCGCAGAGCAGGCAGAGGCUGUGCUGAUAGAGAUGGACCGAACGCUGGUGGGAGGUCAGGAGGUCCGUCUGUCGCUCUGUACCCCUGGCACCUCAGGGAGAAGCACCCUGGCUGCACUCAUCGCCGCCCAGGGUAUGAUUCUGAGUAAUAGGAAAGGUCUGCUGCCCGAACCAAACCUGGCCCAGUUGUUGACCAGUAUGACCAACCCUGCUGCCCUGCAGAUCCUCAUGAGACCGUACCACACCGGGAAAAGAGGAGGGAAGUACGGGCGUCACACCAGCCUGCCGUUCCUCCGACCUCCUCUCACCACAGCUCUGCUCACGCUGGGAAAAGCACACCAGAAUGCUAUGCUUGGUAACGGACUGGUCCUCCAAAACCUCCUGCAAAUGCAGCUCGCACAGCAACAGCUUCUUCACAUCAAAGACAAACGCAUCAGUAGCGUCUCUAGUCUGCUCGGGGACCCGUCCAGGCUGCUGAUGCAGAAAGCUUUGUCUCUGCGGCCUCCGGGCCUCGUGCCACUGGGGAAAGGCCUCCUGGGAGACUCCCCUACAGAGUUGGGCCAGGAGUCAGUGCCAGCGUCCACCCACAAUGCCACAGUGGUGGUAUCAGCAGCAGGUGUGAUGCCGUACCUCCAGGGUCGAGCUGGAGCGGGAGAACAAAACAGCACCCAUUCUAUCGCCACAACCCCUUCUGUUUCCUCCUCCUCUUCCUCCUCUUCUUCUUCCUCCUCCACCUCCUGUGACAGGCAACCUGCCCCUCCUGGGACGAUGGUGAGCUCCCAGAUGCAGGGACAGAGCUAUUCCUUGGGUAUAAGUAACUCAGGCCUUGGCCCACCUCCACCUAAACCCCCUGGAGGGGUUUAUACAUCAACAGCCCAGCACAACAGCGCAGAUGGCUGCCCCCUGGCUAGCAUGGUAAGCAGUGGCCAGAGUUCUCUGUUGGGUGAUCCUCCUAAAGAGGUCAGACUGCCUUCUAAUCCUUACCUGAACCUGGCCAGUGUAAUGCCAGGAGUGGUUCUGCAAGGGUCAGUGGGGAGUAAAGCCCAGGGAGGACAGCCUGGCUCUGGAGUGUACAGCAGCUCUGUCGCUCCUGUGGUUUCCCAGAGCUCCGGCUCCUUCUCCCACAGCGCUGCAGCUACGACAACUGCUCCAUACAGCACUGAUACCUCCACUGACUACAGCCAGUACAACCAGGCCUACACACAGGAGGCCAUGCAGCAGUGGUACCAGCACUACCAAGCAGCACAAGCUCACACCUACAGCGCUGCUGCUCCACAGGACAGCACGGCCACAGACUACAGCAAGGAGCACACACAGGCUCCACCAGUGACGUCCUAUGGGGAUUACAGCUCCUACAUGCAGGCUGUCACUCAGUACUACUCCCAACCUGCAACAGCCAACCAGGCCUAUGCCAGCAAGGAGGUAGACGUGUGUAAGCCUCUAGGAGUCUCUCUGCAUGCUGUCAGUAACGGUGCGGCUCCUCCGCCGGCCGUCCUACCAGCCGCUGCCGUGCUCCCAGCCUACAGCACCCUACCAUUAAUGCCUGGCUUCCUCGGGGCGCCACACCCAGCGGCAGCCACUCCAAGCCCUGUCACGCACACACACACUGCCGCCACUGACUGGAACACCUACUACUAUAACCAGACAAGGGGUCAUAAGAGAGAGUAUCCUCAGUUGGCGGUGCAGGAAGUGACGUCAUCAGACGGUGCCUACAUCGGGCAGCACUCCCAGGGCCUGGGGGGGCAGUACGCCGACUACUUUAAGAGGAAGAGGCUCUAAUAUGAACCAAACCACCUUAAAGCCUAAAGCUUAUUGGGGGGGGCACAAACAGCAUCGGCUGGAUGUCACAGCUCCCUCUAGUGGCCUUUCUGUGGCUGCCAUUUUGCAUCCCUACAGUAGGUGUUGAGUUUAAUAGAAUUAGGGUUGCAAAUGGCUCAAGUUAAAGCAAGCCAUAGUUCUCUUUGAUCCUGGCACUUAUGUACACACACAUACAAAUACAUACAUAUACACUCUCACACCUACACACACAACACACACAAACAUGAUGUUGCUUUUGUCCUGUUCAAGCCUUAACUCUUAAGCUAUUGUUUCUCGAUGUGUCAACUGUACUUAACCAAUAUUAACUUGUACAUUUUUUCUAAUAUAAUGUAAACUAAAGUAUAUUGUAUCUGUACGUAUAAGCUGCUUUUGUAUUUCCAGCCAGGCGACCUGUCUGUCUGCUCAAACUGUCUUAGGACUGCUCUUACAGUCGAGUCUCUUCCUCUGUGUCUCCUUUUUCAACAGACAAAAUGGUGUUGCACACUCACGCUUUGAUUCGUUAGUCGAACUGACAUCUGUUUGUUCCCGCUUCAGUGUCUUUUCUCUUUUCCUUUUAUUGCCCAGGUUCCUCUUUUAUAUCUCCCUGUGGAGGAUUUAGAGUGCGUGUGUAUACCUGUGUGUGUGUGUGUGUGUGUGUGUGUGUGUUGAUAUGCUGUAUCUGUAGGAAGUGUCAGCCAUUUCAAUCCCAAGGUUGGGAGCACAUCAGGAAAAAAAAGGGCCUGAACAAAUCAAAGCCCUUGAUUGUGGUGACUUACAGAGGCUUCCCUCGAUGAAUGGACCUUUCUUAUAAAGACUGGACAGAGAAUAAAAGGCUUAUGUAUAUACAGUGUGUAAUACAGAAUAUAUAAAGCCAUGCGUAACAGACAAUAUCAUAUAUAUAAUGGACAUUUCCCAGCUCUUUUGUGAGCAUAUUAUACUACAUGAGUGAGAGGAAAACAUUUACUACAUGUCUGACUUUUUUUCAAUCUAUACUGUUAUAUAUUUGUAAUAUAAUAUAAUAAUCCAAGACAAUUCAAGUCAUCAGCUGGUGUUGUAGUUAUUUGGUUUGGUUUUUAAUGUUUAAGCCAAUAUUAGGCACACUCUCCUCUCCUCUCCUCUCCUCCUCUCCUCCUCUCCUCCUCUCCUCUCCUUCUCUCCUUUCUUCUUUCUCGUCUCCUCCUCUCCUCUCCUCUCCUCUCCUCUUCUCUUCCGGUUAUAAUGCAUUAGGCAGUUUUUUUUUUUUUUCAGAAAGAGCUUUUUGGUCUGUAACAGGAGCUUUUCUUCCAUUUCCCGCAGCCAUUAGAACAUAAAGGUUUCUGACUGUGUCUAUGUCCUAAGUCCAUACUACAUGCUAAUUUCAAGCAUGUUUAGUGUUUUCUCAUACUACAAAGUGACAAAGCCAAGUAUUGGCAAAUAGGAAAAAAAUGAUUUUUUUAGAGUGUUGUUGAUGCACAUUGUUCUGUCAGAAUGCAAUGGAAAAAAAAACCCUAGAAAACAAAAAAUAUCCACAACAUUUUUGUGAAAACAUUCAAAAUCACAGUUUUAUGGCAUCUCCACAUGUACUGCAUCUUUUUUUUGUUUGAAUAAGAUGCUAAAGUAGCUAAUUUCUUGUAGACAAACAGCUAAAAACAGAUCCCUGUGAUGAUUGUUGUAGUGUAUACUGUAUAAGAUUAGUAUGUAAUGUGGUUUUGGGACACAGACUUUAUCAUUUGAGGGUUUUCAGACUCUGUGCGUGUGUUUUUCAUUGGCACUGGUAGAAUUUCUGCACGUUUUUAGCUUUUUAGGGCAAAAAGCAAAAUGUUGGUGUUGGUUUUUGCAGAGCUGGUUUCUUUCCAGUGGCUUUUACAAACUUCGUAAUAUUAUCAUUUACAAGAAGCUUGUACUGCUUUUGUUUUUGAACUUUUUCGGCCAUUAUUAAUGUUAGCGCACAGGGUGUGAACUGACAUAUCCUUCAUGUCUAGAAGAUUUGUUUGAUGUUUACUGAGGAGAGGGCUUGGUAUUUUAAUAUUACAGUUUGGACAUUAGGUUUGUAAUGUGCACAUGCCUCUUGUCUAACAAACAGGCAAUAACUAAGGCUCCUACUACUGUAGAAAGUUGAAUGUAAAAUGUUUAUUUUGUAGUGUAGAUGUUUCUUCCAUUUGCACAGCAUUAUAUAUAAUCCUCUGUAAUGGUGAUGGCUCAUACCCAUGAUUGGCAAAAGCUUUUUUUUUUUGUAUUCAUAACUGAUUAUAUAUCAUGGAGCAGAAUAUUACUUCCAUCACCAUGGCAACCAUGCUCACACACUGUGAAAACCAAUAGCAGAUGAGAUCAGAUAAGGCGUACACAUCACUGGGAUAACGGCUCAUUGUAAACGGAAUGUACAUGAUGUUUACAGUGCAGACACAAUAAUGGAGGAGUUGAGUAUCAGUGAUGAUACAGGAGUGGUGGUGGUGUAUGGGUAUGCUCAUUAAAUACUGAUAAAAUGGCUUAAUCAUAAACUAAAGGCAAUACAUAUCCCUCUAUACUGUGCACACACUCACCCCUAACUGUUUUCCAUGACUCCCUUGUCUUGGCUUUCUUGUUGUUUGUCCUUCAUCAGUUUAUAUGUUUUCUAAAUCACUUUUACUAUGAUGUGUUUCAUGGUGUCACACUGUAGAAAUCCAUAUUUAACAUGUAAGUGUAAAGUAUUUUGAAGCAUGGAAGCAAUUUAUUGAGGAUUUAGACAAUACAAAGGAAAACAGGUGGGGAGCCAUUGAAUCAGGACUGUCACUAUCAGAUUUUUACUACACGAUUAUCACGUAGAAUACUGUGUAUAUAGUAAUAACAAUCUGUCAAAUUCAUCUAACUGUGUUUAUUAUGCGUUUUGUGUCCUUUUUGGCAAAUAAAUUAUACUUAAAUUACAAAUGUAGAGAUUUUGAGAAAUAUGUACAAAAGUGUAAAAAGAACAAUUGCAGUAUGUGUUAACAUUAUAUCAGUAUUUUGUUUUUGUUUUUUUAAUUUUCAUAGUUAUCAUUGUACAUUGUAACGCCCCUAGACUGAGAAUAUUUAAUUUGCUAAAUAUUUGCGCAGGUGCAGACAGGAAGCAGAACAACUAGGGAGGCUGCUGGUCAAAGCCUUUUCUCCUCAGUGUCUGUAAGUACAGAUACUUUAUUUAGCAAAAUAAAUGUUCUCAUGUUUUUUUUGCAUUCAAUGGCUCCCCUCCUUUUUAGGGGUUUGAUUCAGACAGGUGAUCAUGUCCAGCUUUCCCCACUGAUCCUUAGACCAAAAACUUGAGUUUAUGUGUAUUGCACAUUGGAUUGAUCCUAUAUGUAAUGUAAACAUUUUAAAAGUUAAUCAUGUUUUUGUUUUUCUGGCCUUAUUUUUCUUCAGAAUAUCAUAUACUUUCUAUUUAGCAUGCAUUUCUAUUUUCAAUUUCCAUUUACUCUCAUUACUCAGAUUUUCCUAACUUGUCUUUGCAUUGCUGUGGCUCAGGUCCUGUCUGACUUCUGUAUGACUGCAAUGUUUGGUGGCUGGUGAUUUGGCGAUUUAAUUUUAUUUUUUUCCACUUGAAGUGAAAACAAAUUGAUAGGAAUUAGGUUUCUUGAAAGCAAGGAACUGCUUAAAUAGAAAUGGCAUAUGAGUUUCAAUUUUUGCUUCAUUUGACCAAAAUUACCACAAAGUUAAGUCAUAUUUCUGUGUGCUACAUUAUAGAAAAUGCAUGAAACAAAAAUGAGGUCAUUUGAAAUUAAAUUCUGUUUUUCCAUUUUAGUCUUGAGAAUUCAGCAUAGACUUGUAAAUAACUUGCAUAGUUUUUUUUCUGUUGUAAUGAAUUAAUCACAUAGACACUGCACACCUGGCAGUUUAAAGACACAAUACCAGUACAAAGUCGCCCACUAGGUCUUUAUGUUAAACAUCUAAGACGCCCUUUCCUCUCCUCCUCUACUGUGCUGCUUCAACAUCUGAACUGUCUGUUUGCUCAGUUUUUCCUGAAAUAGCAGAUCAAACUCAUUUUAGUCAAAGGACAGAUCCAAUAAGUCAACCUGCUGACACUGAGUGCUCCACUGUUGAGGAAUUGGGGAGAAACAGGCCCAUUUGCGGUUGUUUGUCGAAGCCAUUUAGCAUUUUCCCUUCUCCAGCAGUUCUUUUUUUAUCGAUUUUUCCCUUCCCCCCUUACUAAGCUUUCAUUGCCCUGAUCUUACCUGAAUCAACUAUGACCACUCAGACACAUUUUAUGGCGAUGUGCGGUUGUCCUGCCUGGUUCGGAGCCGCCGUUUGAUUUGCUUCCUGGUGUGAGUGGAUGAACUGUAGCCAGCUCUUACCUCCUCCUCUGUGAGACUGUCUGUGUUCAGGCCAGAGACAGAACCUCUGUGUUUGUUGACGUGAGCAGCUGAGGCAGCAGAGUUUAGAAAGCACUGUCUGUCUGUCUGUUUUCCAGUCUUAUUAGCUGCCACAAUAGAUUCAGCUGCUAAAGUUGGUUAUGCCUGAAUUGUUAUAGUUGUAUUCAAACAGUUAUGUCAGCUUUUUCUGUGCAUUACAUACAGUAUAUACUUUAUACAGAGUACUACUGGUGUGUGUGUGUACGGAUAUCAAAACCAGAUUCAAGGGCACGAAGAGACAGAUUUAUUCAGGUUUUUAGGGCGAGUAAGGACAGGAUCACGAGUGUAACUGAUACUUUGAGACCUCAGGACGAGUCAUGUCGCUGAACCUGAACGAACAGCAGCCGCUUCCUUUGCUCACAAUUUAAGGCUUUACGCUCUCGAUUUUAGCCACUCGUGAAUAAAAUGGACUGAAAGCAGAUCUAACUCUUGGACUUGACCGAGAAGUGUCAGUCUGUUAGACUGUUUUUUAAGUUUUAAGUCUACUUUUCAAUAUACUCUAUCAGGGUUUUCUUUAAUCUGAAAUCACUUUAAAGGUACAGGAAACUAUUGGAGAAAAAAAAGUGUGAAUUUGUAUUUAAAUAGUUGUUAAUGGUGUUGGUGGUGUUGGCAGCCACUAAUUAACUGUUAAUUGCCCUAAAUAUAUAACACUACUCUUCCUGUGACCUUUUGAUCCAUGACUGACACAUUAUCAGCAUAAUUAGCUUGUUUAGAGCAGCAAGAGGAUGAGUUUCUGUGUAGUUUUAAUCACUGCAAGGACUUUAACAUUAGAAAUCUGUAUGUUUGUCUACAUAUUUACCAGAAAAAUCCCAGAAGAAGAAAGAAAAAAGUCAUUCAUAUGUAGCUUGAACUGGAUAUAUUGAUGUGGUCUGUGUAGUGCAUGAAUUCAUCUUUAUGUUCCAUCAGACAAACUUUCCAUUGGUUUCUUGUAGAGCUGAAGAAAAUUGUCCAAAAACCGCUUCCAGCUUCUCGAACAUGAGGAUUUUCUUUCUCAAAUAUGAGAGAUAACUGUUAAAUAACUGUGUGUGUGUUAAAUAUCUCAUAAUGAACAUUUUUCACUGUUUUCUGACAUUGUAUAAACAAAACAAAUAAUCAGAAAUAAUCUAAUCAAUAUUGACAGUAAUUCCUGCUUCUGUGUUCUUGUUGGAGAAGUUUCUUUCUUGUGUUUUCAGCUCAUUUCAAUCAAACCAGCAGUUUAAACCAUGUUUACGUGUUACCAUAGCAACGAAAGGCUCGUGUUGUAGUUGCGUGGGGCCUUUUUUUUCUUUACAUCAUUUCGAUUGUCUCCUGGACAUUAUUUACAUCUAUGGAAACACCUGUGCUGUCCUGCAGUCUGGAUCUCUGUGAGGACAAAUAUACAGAACAUUUGAUGUUUUGUUUGACGUCCUGUACGUCUCAUGUAUACCUGCACAAGCUGAUUUUAUUACGAUGCAUUUCUAAAUCAAGUUUCCUGUACUAUACACUUUUAGAACAAUAUGACAGCCAGUUAGUGUGUGUGUGUGCGCUGCUGAAGCCAGAAACUGUUGGUAAGCACAUUUUAACAUUCUCUCUGAGAGAUUUCAGACUCUGCCAAACAGCUGUAGAUGUGAGUUUGCACAAAAUAAGACAUUUGUGCUCAAAACAUGUCGUGCACUUUCAAAUUGGCCCCCGUCUGCUCUCACAUCUUGACCUACAGAUCAAUUAAAGCUUCUGUUUGUCACUCAGUAGUUUUAUUGUUUCUGAACUUUCUUGUGUUACUGAAGUGCACAUAAUGAGAGUUGAACUGGUGUUUACUUCAGCUGGUGCUGUGCUGUGCUGUGCUGUGUGUGUGUGUGUGUGUGUGUGUGUGUGUGUGUGUGUGUGUGUGUGUGUGUGUGUGUGUGUGUGUGUGUGUGUGUGUGUGUUUCUGUGGGUGCAGCUCACUAAAAAUGUGCUCCUGGCAGGUAAUGGGGGUAAGGAGAGACAGGCUGAAAGAAAGAGAGGAGUGGAAAAACAACUCCAGCUGCCUUCAGCCACUCAGCCUGCAGGGAUUAUUAUUUAGUUUUUUUUUUUUACUUUUCCUCUUUCUGCUUGCUCAGUGAAGAGUGUUGGUUUAUGUCUGCCAGACUCCUGCACAUUGCACGUACCUGUAGAACUGUCACACACACUCCCGCACGCAGGAAAUGUCUCUCCCCUGCUCUGGUAUUAGUAUUCGAUGGACUCUCACAGACCAUUUCUCCCUCUCCGCUCUCGCACAGCUCUCCUAGUGUGAUCCAAAUCUAUAUGCAUGCAUUUUUAAGCUCAUGUUUUUGUGCUUAUUAUCGUCUCCCCUGUGGAGUAAAUCAUCCCGUCUCUUCAAUAUCAACAGAGAAAACAAUUAAAGUAUGUAUUUUUCCCACAGGCCAGCUGACAAACACCAGUCCUCCCCCCACCGACAGCAGGCUAAUUGUAGACACUCCGAUACAAAUACAUAAGGUCACAGCUGGCAUCCAGCCUGCAAACCUGUCAGUCAUGGCAUGUGCAGAUGUGGCUUUGUGCAGAAUAAUCCCACUAAAGCUGCAUCAAUCACAUUUAUAGGACAAUGCUGAUCAUAUUGUAUGUUUUAGUAAUUGUCAACAAAUCCCAUGAAAAGACAGAAUCCAACACAGAGUUAGUCCGUCUCUUGACCCUUUUCUGACUUCCACAAUCUUUUAUCAGUCCCUACUGAAGACGCAUUCUGCUAAAACCAGGUCAAGAUUAAAUCACUUCACUUGUACAAAUGGUAAUUGAUCUCCUAAACAAAGCUGGUCACUGUAGUUCUUUAGCAAACGUCACUCAAACAGGAGGAAAUAACCCUUUUCUAGGGACUGUUUUUAGCUGUGGACACUCUAAGUGUCCUUUGAUUACAUGAAAAGUACUUCAUAUUUAAUGUAGUAUUAUUGUUGAGUCUAUCCUCAAAAUACAGUUUCUGUGUUUGAACAUCUGCUGUGUCCUUGUUGAGUUUCUGCCUCCUGUGAAGUUUCUUGCGUACCCAAGGGCUCAGAAAAAUAUGGUGUUAUUUUACUUCAAUUUGUAGGAAACAACAGGUGCAUCGUUUGCUCUGUGUCCUGACAACCACUGCACACUGAACUGUUAGUGGGGCUCUCGGGUGGUUCUUUCAGAUAGGUUCUUUAUUUAGGGAAUAACAGAUCAGUCGGAGUUACACAGACAUAGUUGAGCUUGAAUAUUCAGCCACCACUUGUGGUCUUCAUCACCUGAUGGAUUUAGAAGAGUUCGUGGAGAUGGUUUAGUUAAAACACGAUCUGACGAUGGAGUUUUUGUCGCAUGGUAGAAGGUGGUCGUUUACUUCUUCUUCUGCUGAUGAUGUGACUGGUUGUGCGGUCUGGUGUUUCAAAGCUGAUUUAGAGUCUUGUAUUGUUCAUUCAGUCUUUCAUCCUGGGUCCCUCACUGUUUCACCAGUUGAUGCAUGUGAUGUCAUACACCAGUGGAGUCUGUCUGUAGUUAGUAGUUAGGACCUAUCCGUGAUAUUACUGGUUGUAAACUUUGAUGUUUUCUACUUUAAAUCUUAAAGCAACAUUCUGCAACUGUCUUACCUUAAAAAUUUCUUCUGCUUCAGAAUCAUUUUGAUGUUACACUGACUUGUAAUAGUCAUUCCCACUCCAUUCCCCAAACACCUGUUGUUGCAUUAUGUGACUUUGGUUAGUGGGUACAAUCUCCCACUAACUGAGUGUUAGUCAGUGGUUUAAACUGCAGGAAUCAGGCCCAAAAACUUCAAGAGUAAUGUUGAACUGUAGAUCAGUUUAAAAAAAAAAAAAGACUCCAGCGUUCAUCUCUGAUAUCCAACAAGGAAUUUUGAAAAUAGCAAGAAUUUAAAUGGAGUUUGUCGUGUUUGUUACGGUGACAGCACUUCUGGAUAAGGUCGUAUGUGAUGAAAGUUUUGACACGCUUGUCGUUUCAUCACAUCAGCUAUAAUUUUUUGCAUGGACAACUUGUGCCAUCCAUUUUUUUUUCUUUUUAAAAAAAACACAAGCUAAGUUUGGUGAUCCUGUGCCUGUAACUGUGUUACGAAGCCCAAAUGAUCAGCUUUUUUUUGAUGCACCUUUGAAUGUCCUAACCUCCUGUGCAGGGCAGUGUUUUUCUUUACGCAUCUUUCUACGUCUGGUUCUUCUCCAUUUUAACGAAGGACUACUUCAGUCACCCACCAUCCAACGAUGUGGAUACUAAAAGCAACAAUUUUGUACCUUUUAGUUAUUUAACUUAUUUUCCAAAUGAUUGAUUUAUCAUCUUGGAGUUUAACCAAUGUUGCAAUAUUAUCUUUUAAACUGCCUCUCACAGUUUGAGUACACAGAAGCCCUGGAAGCCAAGUGAGAGUUUUUUCUUUCCAGGAUAAUUUUUCUAAGUUUUUCCUUUUUUUCAGAUGUGGAAACAGGUUUAAAAAAAAUUACAAGCUUCUUUUUCUGAUUUCUAGUUUUUUCUUUUUUUGCCAAAAGUUUUUUCAGCUGCAAAAAGAAAAAAAAACCAAAAACUUUUUUUUACAGGCUCAUUUUUCUUUCACCUGUUUUCUCAGAUGAAAACAAACAACAACAAAAAAACAGAUUAAAAAAAAGAGCAGUUGUUGAUCCUGAAAAAGUUCUUGCUUGACUUUCAGAGCUUCCAUUUAAGUAUGAUGCUGUAACAUACAAAUAAUUCUACAACUGGGGUAAAGUCAUUGUUUUUGUUUGUGGUUGGUUGAGCGUCAGGCCCUUUUGUUUUACUGAAGAAGGUGUUUACGAGUUGUUGGACUGAUGGAGAAAGGGUUGUAUCUCUAUUAGUUUCUGUGCCUCUCUGUGCCACCAACAAGACGUGACGUCCUCAUGAUGAUUGUAACACAAAAGGGGCCCAGUUCCCUGAAAAUAACAUAGCACAAGCAAAGCCUGCUUAUACACACGAGCUGCAGGAUGUUCUUGAAUCUCGUCUAAUGUCAGUGAGCCAGCUGUGGUCUGCACCUCAGAGAGUUCAGGAUAAAUCCUGUUGCUAUGUAAUUGCAGCUUAUUUUUUUGGUCUGUAGUUGUUAGUAGAACUAUGAUAUUGUUUUAUUUUUAGAGUUGUUCAUUUAUAUCAGAACAGAAGAUCUUAUUUGUAGUCUUGUGUGGUUUAGUUGUGAUUUGUUUGUUUGUUUGUAGGAUUAAUACAAAUGCGGCUCAAUCACUUCAGGUUAAAAUCCAGAUUUUUCUGUUCUUGUGUAAACGGAGCCUCCUCUAAGCUUCAGUGUGCUGCCAUUGGACCAGUAUGAAAACUACUCAUUAUACAUGGUCAGUGGUGAGGCUGGACUUUGCAAUAGUGAAUGACGAAUCACACAUGGUGUGCGUGUGUGUGUGCGUGUGUUGAUCACAAAGCUUUGCAAUACUUAAGUAUAUCUGAUUUUCUCACACACUUCAAUGGCUGUAGAUAAAUCUAGAUUUGCUGUGCUUCUCGCUUUGUAAACAGUUUUUGCUUUUAAAGUAUGUGGAUUUUUUUCUGACCUGAAAUAUACUGUAGAUUUUGCAAAAUUUUAUAUCACACCGACAUUGAUAUUGUUUUACUUUGAAUAAGGUAUUUCUAGAGCAAUUUUAGCAUGCCUACUUCUAACUGUAAUAUACAGAACAAAUUGUUUUCAGUAGAUUAUAAUGAUUAAUAAAUAAUAAUAAUGAUUAUUGAUAAAUAAUAAUGAUAUUGCAUUUGGGCUGACAAACACACAAACAUUGAUUUUAUUUAUUUUUUCAUUGUGUAUUUAUGGAUAUCUUUACCUUUCACAAUUCAUACUUUCAUCUUAUAUUUUGAAAAAAAUAUAUAUUUCUUUUCUGUUAUUUUGAGCAGAAGGAAUUGUCUUUUACAUUCCUAAAUAAAAUGUGGACUGAAGCGCAA